AUAUAUUCGACUUUAUGGGAGAAAAUUUAGCAAAGAAGAUCAUGUUCUUUUCAUUAAGUUACUGUAUGAGUUGGUGUCAAUUCCAAAGCUGGAAAUCAGCAUGAUGCAGGGGUUUGCCCGUCUCCUGAUCAACUUGUUAAAGAAAAAGGAACUUCUUUCAAGAGAUGACUUGGAGUUACCUUGGAGACCACUUUAUGACAUGGUGGAAAGAAUACUCUAUUCCAAGACAGAGCACCUGGGACUAAAUUGGUUUCCCAAUUCUGUAGAAAAUGUUCUCAAAACACUCGUGAAAAGCUGCCGACCAUACUUUCCAGCAGAUGCAACAGCAGAAAUGUUAGAAGAAUGGCGGCCUUUAAUGUGCCCUUUUGAUGUAACAAUGCAAAAGGCCAUCACUUAUUUUGAAAUAUUUCUUCCUACCUCCCUUCCUCCAGAACUUCAUCAUAAAGGGUUUAAACUUUGGUUUGAUGAACUAAUUGGCCUUUGGGUUUCAGUGCAAAACCUCCCCCAAUGGGAGGGGCAACUAGUAAAUCUCUUUGCUCGAUUGGCUACGGAUAACAUAGGGUACAUUGAUUGGGAUCCGUAUGUACCGAAGAUAUUUACAAGAAUUUUGAGAAGUCUGAACCUCCCAGUGGGAAGCAGUCAAGUAUUAGUCCCGAGAUUUCUCACGAAUGCCUAUGACAUAGGGCACGCUGUAAUAUGGGUCACCGCCAUGAUGGGUGGACCCAGUAAGCUAGUGCAGAAACAUUUAUCCGGUUUGUUUAACAGCAUCACGUCGUUUUACCACCCUUCGAAUAAUGGGCGCUGGCUGAGCAAGUUAAUGAAACUACUUCAGAGGCUGCCAAACAGUGUUGUUAGAAGAUUGCAUCGUGAGAGAUACAAGAAGCCCUCCUGGUUAACUCCUGUGCCUGAUAGCCAUAAGCUCACUGACGAGGAUGUUACAGACUUUGUCCGAUGCAUCCUUCAGCCUGUCCUCUUGGCUAUGUUUAGCAAAACUGGUAGUCUAGAAGCGGCCCAGGCUCUGCAGAAUCUUGCACUCAUGAGGCCUGAGUUAGUAAUACCCCCUGUACUUGAAAGAACAUAUCCAGCGCUAGAGACAUUAACAGAACCUCACCAGCUCACGGCUACUCUGAGCUGUGUAAUUGGAGUCGCCCGAAGUCUGGUAUCAGGAGGCAGGUGGUUUCCUGAAGGUCCAACACACAUGCUACCUCUGCUGAUGAGAGCAUUGCCUGGGGUGGAUCCAAAUGACUUUAGUAAAUGCAUGAUCACAUUCCAGUUUAUAGCAACAUUUUCUACUCUGGUGCCUUUAGUAGAUUGUUCAUCUGUACUACAAGAAAGAGAUGACCUCACUGAAGUGGAGCGAGAGCUUUGUUCAGCCACAGCUGAAUUUGAGGAUUUCGUCUUACAGUUUAUGGACAGAUGCUUUGGACUUAUAGAAAGUAGCACGUUAGAGCAAACAAGAGAAGAGACGGAAACUGAGAAGAUGACUCACCUGGAGAGUCUGGUGGAGCUGGGUCUGUCCUCUACAUUUAGUACAAUCCUUACACAGUGUUCCAGAGAGAUAUUUAUGGUGGCCCUUCAGAAAGUUUUUAAUUUUUCUAUUUCACAUAUAUUUGAAACAAGAGUAGCAGGCCGCAUGGUAGCAGAUAUGUGUCGUGCUGCUGUAAAGUGCUGCCCAGAGGAGUCGCUGAAGCUGUUUGUCCCGCACUGCUGCAGUGUUAUAACCCAGCUUACAACGAAUGAGGAUGUACUGAAUGAUGAGGAACUAGACAAGGAGUUACUGUGGAGCCUUCAGCUUUUGUCUGAGAUUACUCGAGUGGAUGGGAAGAAGUUGCUUCUUUAUAGGGAGCAGCUUGUAAAGAUUCUCCAAAGAACCCUACAUCUAACCUGUAAGCAGGGUUACACUCUGUCUUGUAACCUUUUGCAUCAUCUUCUUCGUUCUACUACACUUAUCUACCCUACAGAGUACUGCAGUGUGCCAGGUGGCUUUGAUAAGCCUCCUUCUGAAUACUUUCCUAUCAAGGCAAGCAUUUUAAAUAAUUUAGGAUUGAAGAAUGUACUGGGUUCUUUUUCUAAGGGAUUCAAAGUAUUUGGGUUCUGGUUGACUGACAUUGACUAUAGACUGCAGUACAUUGAAUUGAGAGUCCUUGGUAACGUUGUCUUCUAUCUGUGCAGAGAUGAUGUUCUGCAGAGUCUGACUAUAGUGCACAACUGUUUAAUCGGCUCAGGGAACCUCCUGCCUCCACUGAAAGGAGAGCCAGUCACUAACUUGGUACCAAGCAUGGUGUCCUUGGAGGAGACAAAGUUGUAUACCGGCCUUGAAUAUGAUCUAUCCAGAGAGAAUCACCGGGAAGCAAUUGCUAGGGUCAUAAGGAAACUUCUUAACCACAUACUUGAUAAUUCAGAGGAUGAUACAAAGUCAUUGUUUCUUAUCAUAAAGAUUAUUGGAGACCUUUUGCAAUUCCAAGGAUCUCACAAGCAUGAAUUUGACUCCCGAUGGAAAAGUUUUAAUUUAGUGAAGAAAUCAAUGGAAAAUCGGCUCCAUGGGAAAAAGCAGCACAUCAGAGCACUGCUGAUCGACAGGGUGAUGCUGCAGCACGAGCUGCGAACACUGACUGUUGAGGGUUGUGAGUACAAAAAGAUACAUCAGGAUAUGAUCAGAGAUCUUCUUCGAUUGUCUACAAGUUCGUACAGUCAGGUCAGAAAUAAGGCACAGCAAACAUUUUUUGCAGCCUUGGGAGCAUAUAACUUCUGUUGCCGAGAUAUUAUUCCCCUGGUUUUGGAAUUCUUACAGCCUGGUAGACAAGGUGUCACACAACAGCAGUUCAAGGGCGCCUUGUAUUGUCUUCUUGGAAAUCACAGCGGCGUGUGCUUGGCAAACCUUCAUGACUGGGACUGUAUUGUACAGACGUGGCCAGCGAUUGUUUCUUCAGGGCUUAGCCAAGCAAUGUCGCUAGAAAAGCCAUCCAUAGUGAGACUGUUUGAUGAUCUUGCAGAAAAGAUUCACAGGCAAUAUGAAACAAUUGGUCUGGACUUCAUGAUUCCGGAAUCAUGUGUUGCAAUAGCAGAACUACUUCAACAGUCAAAAAAUCCUUCUACCAACCAAACACUGCCUAGCCCAGAAAAAAUUAAAGGAGGAUUUCAGCGCCAACAAGAAAGGAAUGCUGAUGCCCUGAGGAACUAUGAAACUUUGGUGAAUGCGUUGCUGGAUGGUGUGGAGCAGAGAGACCUGCCCUGGAAGUUUGAGCAUAUAGGAAUUGGUCUUCUGUCUCUGCUCUUGAGAGACGACCGAGUGUUGCCUCUUCGAGCCGUACGUUUUUUUGUGGAGAAUCUCAACCAUGAUGCAAUUGUAGUUCGAAAGAUGGCUAUCUCAGCUGUUGCUGGUAUUCUCAAACAGCUAAAAAGAACCCACAAAAAGUUGACCAUUGACCCUUAUGAAAUCAGUGGAUACCCUAAACCCACCCAAAUUCUUGCUGGUGAUAGGCCUGAUAAUCACUGGUUGCAUUAUGAUAGCAAAACUGUACCAAGAACUAAAAAAGAAUGGGAGACAAGUUGCUUUGUUGAGAAAACUCACUGGGGAUACUACACCUGGCCAAAGAAUAUGGUGGUUUAUGCUGGUGUGGAAGAGCAGCCUGAGCUUGGCAGAAGCAGGGAGGAUAUGACGGAGGCAGAACAGAUUAUAUUUGAUCAUUUUUCUGAUCCUAAAUUUGUUGAACAGUUAAUUACUUUUCUAUCUUUAGAAGACAGAAAAGGAAAAGAUAAGUUUAAUCCCCGGCGUUUUUGCCUCUUUAAGGGACUAUUUAGAAAUUUUGAUGAUGCCUUUCUGCCAAUUCUGAAGCCCCAUUUAGAACGUUUGGUUGCAGAUUCUCAUGAAAGUACCCAGCGGUGUGUUGCAGAAAUUAUAGCUGGCUUAAUCAGAGGUUCAAAGCAUUGGACCUUUGAAAAGGUGGAAAAACUUUGGGAGCUUCUGUGCCCUCUGCUUAGAACGGCCUUGUGCAACAUCACGGUGGAGACCUACAACGACUGGGGCACGUGUAUAGCCACGUCCUGUGAAAGCAGAGAUCCUCGGAAACUUCAUUGGCUUUUUGAGCUGCUAUUAGAAUCACCAUUGAGUGGCGAAGGAGGAUCCUUUGUAGAUGCAUGCCGCCUCUAUGUGCUGCAGGGGGGACUUGCUCAGCAGGAGUGGAGAGUGCCCGAGCUACUGCACAGACUGCUGAAGUACCUGGAGCCCAAACUGACCCAGGUUUACAAAAACGUCAGGGAGAGGAUAGGCAGUGUGCUGACCUACAUAUUCAUGAUAGAUGUUUCUUUGCCAAAUACUGCGCCAACAACAUCCCCUUGCAUCCCUGAGUUUACUGCUCGUCUCCUAGAGAGAUUAAAGCCCCUCAUGGAUGCGGAGGAGGAAAUCCAGAACCACGUUAUGGAAGAAAACGGAGUUGGUGAAGAAGAUGAACGAACGCAGGGCAUCAAACUCUUAAAGACCAUACUGAAGUGGCUGAUGGCAAGUGCAGGAAGGUCCUUCUCCGCAGCAGUCACGGAACAGCUUCAACUCCUGCCUUUGCUCUUCAAGAUCGCACCAGUGGAAAACGACAACAGCUAUGAUGAACUGAAAAGAGACGCAAAGUUGUGCUUAUCACUGAUGUCUCAGGGCUUGCUCUAUCCUCAUCAAGUGCCUUUAGUCCUUAAGGUGCUGCACCAAACAGCAAGAAGCAGUUCUUGGCAUGCGAGGUACACAGUGCUGACCUACCUCCAGACCAUGGUGUUCUACAACCUUUUUAUCUUCCUGAACAAUGAGGAUGCAGUUAGAGACAUCAGGUGGCUCGUUAUAAGCCUUUUGGAGGAUGAACAACUAGAGGUUCGAGAGAUGGCGGCCACCACCUUAAGUGGCCUCUUGCAGUGUGACUUUCUUACCAUGGACAGUCCUAUGCAGAUUCACUUUGAGCAGCUUUGCAAAACAAAGCUACCUAAGAAAAGAAAGAGAGACCCCGGCUCCGUCGGAGACACCAUUCCUUCUGCAGAGUUGGUGAAACGCCACGCCGGGGUGCUUGGCCUGGGCGCGUGUGUGCUCUCCAGCCCCUACGACGUUCCCACCUGGAUGCCGCAGCUCCUCAUGAACCUCAGCGCACAUCUGAAUGACCCCCAGCCUAUCGAGAUGACUGUAAAAAAGACGUUGUCCAAUUUCCGAAGGACACACCAUGACAACUGGCAGGAGCACAAACAGCAGUUCACAGACGACCAGCUGCUUGUCCUCACGGACCUUCUCGUGUCACCAUGCUAUUACGCAUAGGAGGAUGGCGGGUCCUCAGUCGUGGCUCUUCGCGUCACAGAUCCCAGCUCCUCAGGUACCAUCUGCGGCGGCUCUGCAGGUGUUCGAACUCUGCCCCUUCGGAGCUCUCAUCGAUUCGGUGGCUUCUGCGUUCGGUCUCACUGGUCGCGUUCCACAGGUUCUCAGCUGCCAUUUGAUUUCUGAACUUCCAGAAGUGUGUCCAGAAUAUUGAUCACUUUUUCUUUGAAGCAUCUGACAAAGUCUCAGAGUAGAAAUAAAUUUCCCAGUACGAUCAUGCCAUCCAAGACCAGCAAAAGUCUAGGAAGUCAUUAAGAAACAGUUUUCUUAGAGUGGAGAAAUCCCACCCGCCAUACAGGUCCUGUCAUUUCAUCCAUCUCAGAUUACUUUGAUUUCUUCCCAAAUGACUGUUGGGUUUAGAUGGUGGAAGGGCAGCGGGCCGCAAACCUGAAGGCUGGAGAGCUGUGAAGAGGAGGGAAGGGAGGAGGCCGGCCUCGGAUCUGCCCAGCAACCGGGGACGCCCGGCCGCUCCCGCAGGGGCGUCUGUGCCCUGCUGACCGGGGCUUCUGGUGCUGAAGAGAGCCAGCUGCUGAAGAACCGGGGUUUGGUGAAUUAAUUUUUGAUUGUUGUGUGUGUAUACAACUUGUGAUUUAUUUGAGAAUAAAUGAUAACAACAAACACCCUGACUGAUUGGUUUUUACCCGUAUUCUUUACAGAAUUGUUGUUAAAUGUUACACUUCACCAAAAGGAAAAACUGUAUCUGUGGAAAUUCUGUAAUUUUUUUCUUUUUCUUUGUUUUUUUCUUUUUCAAAUUUUUGCCUGCAGAAUCGUUGAGAAACUACUAAGGCUUGGUAUUUAAUUGACUUGUUUAAUAUGUUACAUAGAUGUAAAAGAUUGUAUAAACUGUAGAAGUAGCAAUGGCAAGACUUUGUACAGAUGCAGCGCCUUACACAGCACCACUGUGUAAUUAAUUUGUAAAGAUUCAUCUGUAGCUCUUUACUAUAGUGAUCUGGGGCUUUUACACCCAUUGAAUGCCAUUUUUGUGUUUUUAAAUUAUUUUCUUUAUCAUUUCAUGUUAUAAAAGCUAAAACGUGGGAUUUUUUAGUUCCUCUAUCAUUAGUGUCCGAAUUUCUGUGCGAGUUUGUGUGUGCAUCGCUGACCGCUAGCACGUUCGCCCGUGACAGGUCCGUAGAGUGCCAGGUCAUCUGCUAGAGGAAUAACGUACGAGUCGGCAGGUACCGUCCCACGGCAGGCCCUGUGCGUCUCCCCUGCAGGAGCACUGGUGACCUAGCGUCUGCUGCGGGCGGCCUGUCCAGGCACGGCAGCGGGCCCGGCGGCGUUUGAGUGUCGGCACACGCAGGCGAAUCCCUGUAUAGAGUAGUGCCAAAAUGAUUCUUUCAAUUGUGUAACUGGUUUAAAACUCAAUAAAGGGAUUGUUUUUAACA